GUGAGGACGCCUCCGCCCCUUUGGCGUCCGUUUCCCGCCCCCGACUUCGCCUCCCGCUGCUGCCGCUGCUACGGCCGCCGCCACUACUACCACCACCACCGCUACCGCCACCGCUGCUACCGCCGCCACCGCCUGCCGCGGCCUGGGCCUCCCGCCGCUAGCAUGCCGCACGCCUUCAAGCCCGGCGACUUGGUGUUUGCCAAGAUGAAGGGCUACCCGCACUGGCCAGCCCGGAUUGAUGAUAUUGCUGAUGGCGCUGUAAAGCCUCCACCCAACAAAUACCCCAUCUUCUUCUUCGGUACACAUGAAACAGCCUUUUUGGGACCCAAGGACUUGUUCCCUUAUGACAAAUGUAAAGAUAAAUACGGCAAGCCCAACAAGAGGAAAGGUUUCAAUGAAGGACUGUGGGAAAUCCAGAACAAUCCACACGCCAGCUACAGUGCUCCACCGCCAGUGAGCUCCUCUGACAGUGAGGAGGCCCCCGGAGCUGACCCUGUGGGCCGAAGUGACGCAGAUGAGGACGACGAGGACCGGGGUGUCAUGGCCGUCACUGCCGUGACUGCUGCUGCUGCCAGUGACAGGAUGGAGAGUGACUCCGACUCCGACAAGAGCAGCGACCACAGUGGCCUGAAGCGGAAGACGUCAGCACUGAAGAUGUCCGUCUCAAAACGAGCUCGCAAAGCCUCCAGUGACCUGGAUCCAGCCAGCAUCUCACCAUCAGAGGAUGAGAACUCUGAGAGUUCAUCUGAGUCGGAGAAGACCAGUGACCAGGACUUCACCCCUGAAAAGAAGACCGUGGGCCGGGCGCCUCGGAGGGGGCCCCCUGGAGGGCGGAAGAAAAAGAAGGUGCCCACAGCCUCCGACUCUGACUCCAAAGCAGACUCAGACAGGGUGACGCCCAGGGUGACACCACAGCCAGCGGUGGCGGUGGCUAGGUCAGCAUCGUCGUCCUCCUCCUCUUCUUCCUCGUCUGACUCCGACGUAUCUGUUAAGAAGCCUCAACGUGGUCGGAAGCCAGCGGAGAAGCCGCCCCCGAAGCCCCGUGGGAGGAAGCCAAAGCCUGAGCGGCCACCCUCCAGCUCCAGCAGCGACAGCGAUAGCGAUGAGGUGGACCGCAUCAGCGAGUGGAAGCGGCGGGAUGAGGAGCGGAGACGGGAGCUGGAGGCCCGGCGGCGGCGGGAACAGGAAGAGGAGCUGAGGCGACUGCGUGAGCAGGAGAAGGAGGAGAAGGAGAGGCGACGGGAGCGGGCUGAGCGCGGGGAGGCUGAGUGUGCAGGCAGCGCGGGCAGCAGCGCCGACGAGCUCAGGGAUGACGAGGAACCCGGCAAGAAGCGCGGCCGCAAGGGCCGGGGCCGCGGCCCCCCGUCCUCCUCCGACUCGGAGCCCGAGGCCGAGAUGGACCGAGAGGGAAGGAAGUCUGGGAAGAAGUCUCAGCCACAGGGCUCGGAGCCUCCGAAGAAGCCCAGCCAGAAGGAAAAGAGGGGCCGGCCUGAGGACAAGCCCCGAGCCAGGCCUGGAAAGGUGGAACGAACCCGGAAGCGGUCGGAAGGGCUCCCACUGGACAGGAAGGUGGAGAAGAAGAAAGAACCUUCUGUGGAGGAGAAGCUGCAGAAGCUGCACAGUGAGAUCAAGUUUGCAUUGAAGGUUGACAACCCUGACGUGCAGCGGUGUCUGAACGCACUGGAUGAGUUGGGCACCCUGCAAGUGACCUCCCAGAUCCUGCAGAAGAACACCGAUGUGGUGGCCACUCUGAAGAAGAUUCGCCGGUACAAAGCCAACAAGGACGUGAUGGAGAAGGCGGCGGAAGUCUACACGCGGCUCAAGUCGCGGGUGCUGGGGCCCAAGAUUGAGGCAAUCCAGAAAGCAAGUAAGAUGGGCGGCGAGAAGGAGAAGACGGAGGAGCUGCUGAGCGGGGAGGAGGCCCCCAAAGAGAAGGCUGAGGACGAGGCCGCCGCUGAUCUCCCGGCUCCCGUGAACGGUGAUGCCACGUCGCAGAAGGGGGAGAGCAUGGAAGAAAAGGAGGAGGAUGGACAGGACUCUGAGGAGGGCCCUAGGUGUGGCUCUGAAGAUGUGCACAGCGACAGCCUGCGGGAGGGCCCAUCCCCGGACAGGCCUGGGGGCGAGCGGCAGGAGCGCGAGCGGGCGCGGCUGGACUCGGGGUCCCCGGAUGAGGAGAGCUGAGCUCGGCCUGCAGUUGCCGUCCACUUCCCAACCCCCACCAGAGCAGAGACCUUUGGGGGAAACCCCGCUGUGCUGUUCGUUUGUAUCUGUCCCCUCAGGGGUUUUCUGCUUAAUUUCUGUGAUUUCUGACCGACAUGAAAUGACUAUAAAGGGUUUUCUAAU